AUGUCCUCCUCAAUCAGUCUAACGCUAAAUCCAGUCCCCGGUUUCUGUCUAAAAUCAAACGUCCUCACCGCCCCCCAACUAAAACUUUUCCUUAACAUCGCAUGGGACGCUAAUGUGCCACCACCUCCGACUGAGACUGAAGAUGUGAUUCAAAAGGCGAUGCGUGGCGAAGACGUUGGAUGGUUCGUACCGGUCAUAGUCUCAGAUCUGCGCCAUGACAAAGAUAAAGUCGGCCGACCGGCCCUUGUCGUCGACUGUGUAUUCAAUACAUCGAUCAAGUCACGAACGAUGAAAGAACCAGAUUUCAAAGCGUUCAUUAUAGAACUUGCCCUCCAGCGCGUUGAAUCCCAGACCUCUCUUUUACUUUCUCGGCAAAUCGGCACGCCCAACAUCGCCUCGAAAGGCAAACCUGUGUCGCGCCAAGUCCUCGUGCCUGAACUACUCUUCCCGCCUCACCACAAACCCGACACUAAGUCGCUCGUUCAGGAACUAGCUUCUACACCGACAGUCAAGGGGAUAUCCACUCCCACAUGGUCUUGGUCCAACGAUGACCGUAAAAUCCGCAUCAUCGUCAAUGUCCCCAAUCUGGUAAGUCUCAUCCCCCGGCAUACCAUCUACUUUCCCUGUUUCCACGGAGACACUAGCAUUUUAGUUCCCGUGUUCAUACCGAUCAUACAGACUCAUGCACAUAUUACCACCUCAACUCUCGACGUAGAACCACGAAGAGUAAUACUUCAUGUUCCUUCAUUAUACGACCUAGAUAUCAACUUCGAUCUCUCGCCUACGUAUCCUCUUGGUCCAACAGACCUCAAAAGGUUCAGAGAUCUUGAUGUGGACGGUGCCAAGGCGGAGUGGAUAGUUGCUGAAAAGGUUAUAGUUCUUCUGGCUUAG